AUGAGGAGAUAUUUGGUCGUGAGAAGGUUCCUCAUGCCCUGGUCAAGGAGGGAAACCACGCAGAAUGAGACCAGUCCACUCAUACCGAAGGUACCAUCUGAAAGAGCCAGUGCCGAGGAGCUCGUCAAUGUAGGGACUGACGACAGCAGCGAAAGCGAACAAAACGAACUGAAAAAUGGCCAGAAUGAGAGCGGUCAUCUCUCCAAGAGGCCACAACCUCCCUGCCACUACUCCCUCACUGACCUGUUCCUAAAAUACGUCCUGUUCCUGUUAAAUCUGCUGUUCACAGUUCUGGGCCUGCUGGUUCUAGGUCUGGGACUGUGGGGCCUCAUCAGCAAAGAGUCCUUUGCCCAGGAGAAGAUUGGCAGCAUAGGCACCGACCCUAUGCUUAUAUUUGUGACUCUGGGCUUCAUGCUGACUGUGCUCUGCCUGUCAGGCUGCGUGGGUACCUUGAGGGAGAAUUGCUGUUUGCUGAGGCUUUUCUCUGCGACAGUUCUGGUGCUAAUUACAGUCCAGGUACUGACGGCCAUUAUAGCAUACAGUCUACAGGGUCAGAUAGAGGGCUACCUGCGAUCGGGAAUGCUCACGGCAAUGGUGCGCUACCAGGAUGAUCUGGAUCUAAGAUUCAUCACAGAUGAGAUCCAGUCGGGCCUGCAGUGCUGCGGGGCAGAUAACUACCGGGACUGGGAAAUUAACAUCUAUUACAACUGCUCGGCCCCGGGGGUGUUGGCCUGCAGCGUCCCUGCCACAUGCUGCAUACACCCUUUGGAGAACGGCACAGUGUGGAACUCGCAGUGCGGGGUGGGAGCCCAGCAGCUGGACGAGUUCUCCGCCCAGACCGUGGUCUUCCUGGGCGGCUGUCUCGGGGGGAUCUCCCGCUGGAUAGAGCAGCACACCACUCUGAUAGGGGUGGUGGGCAUCAUCAUACUGGGGGUCCAGAUCUUGACUCUGUUCAUCACAACACGUUUGCUAGAUAGCAUCCAGUGGUACAAAGCUCAGUGCGCUACUCUCUAA